UUGGAGGAGGCGUGGUAGCCAAUCAGCGAGCGGGGCCGCGCAGGGGCGGGCUCGGCGGUGCGGAGCGCCCGCGGCUGGUGCCGCCGCCGGCGGGGGCGAGCGCUCCGCUCCGCUCCUCCCCCGGCACGUACCGCCCCGCACCGCCCCGCGGAACAGAUCGUGACCGGGGCGAACAGCGUCCCGCCCGCUCCUUCAGCGGCGCCCUGCCAUUGGCUGUCCUGCCGGAGCGGUCGCUGUGAAGAGUUUUGAUUGGCCUGUGACCGGCGACGUCGCAGCCAAGCUGCUCGCCGAUUGGCUACGGCCUUUUGCGGUGGCUCUGGCGGGGGGUUCGUAACGGGGGUGAGGGCGCGGGCGCGGGCGCGGGCUGCGGCGGGCCCGGGUGCUAGGCGGCUGGUGCUGUGCCGCGGCGGGCCCGGCUGCUCUGCCCCUCCGUGCGCCCUCACCGCGCUCCCCUCUGCCCCGCCCGCCCUGCCCUGUGCCAGGGCUGGGGCAGACCCGAGCGGCCUCCGCGGGACCCGCCUGGCUUCCGCAUAGCUUGCUCCUGCUGAUUUCCCUCUUCCCGCGGCCUCAGACAGUGGCUGCCCUGGAGCGGCUUCGUGUGCCCAGGGUGUACAAAAUGAUUUGGAACCCGUCCGUCAAAGGUCACCGUAAUCAUGAUUAACAUCAGUGAUUGCCUGAUGUGCUGUUCAUCCGGGUGCUGUAUCAGGAAAUGGAUUGGGACCAGUUUGACUUGAACCCUAAAGUAAUUGCUGCCCUUAAGAAAGCUGACAUAAAAUCGAUAAAGGAGAUUUUAAAUCUUUCUGGAGCAGACUUGCAACGAUUGAUGAAACUGUCCAGUGCAGACAUACAGUGCUUAUUGAAAACGGUCUCUCACAUGCUGAGGAGAAACAGUAUGCUUACGGCACUUCAGCUCUACCAAGAUAAAGAUCAUCUCACCUCUCAAAACCAGAAGCUAAGCCUUGGAUGUUCAGUACUAGAUAACUUGUUAAAAGGUGGCAUUCCUUUAGUGGGAAUCACAGAAGUUGCUGGGGAAAGUUCUGCUGGGAAGACUCAGAUUAGUUUACAGCUGUGCCUUUGUGUGCAAUAUCCUUACAAAUAUGGUGGAUUAGAGUCUGGAGCUGUCUACAUUUGUACAGAAGAUGUAUUCCCAAGUAAACGUUUGCAACAAGUCAUAGAUCAACAACAUAAGCUGCGUGCAGAUGUUCCAGCUGAAGUCAUACAGAAGAUCAAAUUUGGAAACAGUAUUUUUGUUGAACAUGCAGCAGACUUAGAUACCUUUCACAACUGCAUUACUAAAAGGAUUUCCCUGCUGCUUGCAAGAGGCAUGGUGCGGUUGGUGGUCGUCGAUUCUAUUGCUGCCUUGUUUCGAUGUGAAUUUGGAGCUUCAGAUUCUGUUACAAAGGCUCGGUAUUUGCAGACAUUUGGCGCACAGCUUCACAGUUUAAGCACUAGAUUCAGGACUCCAAUAGUGUGCAUUAAUCAGGUGACUGAUACAGUGAGUGACUCAGAAGCUGCUCAGUGUUGUUGUAGUGUAGCGGGUAACAGAGUCUCUCCAGCACUUGGAAUAACCUGGGCAAAUCAACUGCUAAUGAGACUGAUGGUCAGCCGAACACCACAGCCUGAGCGGCCCCCUGGAGUUAUGUCACACCACACUGGAAGCGUGAGGACUUUACGAGUAGUUUUUGCUCCUCAUCUCCCUCCCUCUUUUUGCUACUACACAGUAAAAUUGGAAGGUGUAAAAGGAAUAAAAUAAAUUCUUUGUACUGUAAAGCUGUCUGCUCCAAAACCAUAUCAAAACUACUCUGCUUCAGGAGGAAUUGCUGGUUAAAUUAAAUUCCUCCUAGAUGAGACAAAUGGACACUGAAAUAAAGAAACAAUGAUGUGACUACAUCAGGUGUUGUCAACACUGUGAAAGAUCUCUUUAUACUUGGGUAUAUGUUCACACAUUUUUCUGGUAAGUAUUCUGAAGAAGAGUAGAGCUUUGGCUGGGCAGAGGCUGCACAGUGAAGUGUGAUGUGGCAAUCCACAUGGUAGGGGAGAUCUGAUUUCUAAUUUAGCUUUAAUAGCAUGCUAAUCUAGUGACAGCAUGUGCUGCAGUGGUGUACCUUCUGUGUGUCCAGACCCACAGGGACUCCAAUUCAGCCAGUGACUCUUUUCUGCGGCUGUUUCUGGGCCUCAUGCUGCCAUUAAGUACAGCCAUUCUUCAAUCUGUAGGGCCUCAGAAAUAGCACAAAGCAGCUAUCCUGUUUUAGAACAACUUGUUAUUAAUAUUAGGAUU